CAUUGUCCAGAUUAUCAAACUACAGGAAAGAUCCCAGUGUCAAAUGACCUAAUAUACCUGGAGUGGACAGUGUCUGUCAAGAGUUUUAAAUCAUUAUAAUUGACAGUGUCCAGAUUGUCCAACUACUGGAGUAGAAGUGUCCAAAGAUGUAAGAUUUAGAGUGGACAUAGUGUUCAUAUUAUUAAACUGGAGUAUUGAGAGUUUUAUUGUGCAGUUUGGUAGAACUGGAGUAGUCUGAAUGUAUCCAGAGUAAUAUAUAUAUAUAUCACUGGACUGGAUAACUUGUUAGAACAUUAAUUAAUACUUGAACUGCUGCAGCACGCUGACACAUACUACUUUGAUGUAUGCUGCUUACAUGGAAAUCUAGACUGAGAAACACAACCAGAGCAUGUAUUGAUCACAAGUAUUGGGGAAUACUGCAGUAUUUAAGUGAAAAAAGGAAGGCUCCCUAUAUACUGUAACAUUGGAAACAUUUUACACAAAGGAAGCAGAAUUUCCGUUUCAUUUCAACCUUGAAGGAAUCCUUGACCAUAAAAUCUGAUAAAGAUUUAAUGGCUUUAUAGGGAAGUGCUUCAUAUAUGAUAGUUAAGGCCCAGGCCUGGUCCUAGAGAGGUCCCAGAGGCUCGGAAAUCAUUUAGGACUGAACAGACUUAUAUCACACAAUUGUUACAGAUUUAUACGGAAGGAUAAAGGACGAAGGAUAAAGGACGUUGGACAAAUUCACGCCACACAAUCGUUACAGAGUACCUUACCCAUUCUUACUAUCAUCUGUGUGAACAGCAGCAGUCGAUCAAUGGGAAAGUUUCAAUACAAUUCAACUGGAAAAUACUACGGUCUAUAAAUAGAAUUUAUUUGAAUAUCAUAUUAUUAUUGCUAUUGAGGAACGGAGACACGGGGAGAGGAUUUAAUAUUAGGGAUAAAGAUGUCUUCUGUAAUCGAUAGAAACCUGACCGUGAUCUGUGAAUAUGUGACCAGGACUCUGAAUGGCUGGACCAUCACCAGACUGGUGUGUGGUAUUUAAAUAGUGUAGGUACAUUUUUCAUAGCUCUCCUAAGGACAUUAGGAAUGACUCUGUCUAUUGGCGGCUUGUUGUAUCAACAUUAUUAACAACUCAGAGGGACACUGGCACUAAGGGUUUUUUUCCGACAUAAGAAAUGAUUGUGAAUAUUGGUGCUAUGUUUUCUUAUUCUGGAUGAAAGCCAUUGGCUUCCUGUAGGAGAGGAUGUUCAUUGGUAAUUUGCUGUGUAUGUCAAAACAGUGGUGUGAGCACACAUGGUAUUGACAUGGAGCUAACAACACACUGAAAGCCUUGAGAACUGUGAGCAAACACUCCAGCCAGCCUGGCUAAACCUGUGAUGUAAUUUAUCCAUAUAUAGGCCUGUACAUACUCACAGAGGAUUAUUACUGAGGCUAAUACAGGAUAAAUGGACCCAGUGAUUAACACAAGUGUUAAUUCUCCGAUGAAUUUAUCUUUGGAUUAUUUCCCAGGUCAAGUUUUAAGAUUUGUAUGGGGUGUGCUACCUGGUUGUGUGUGACUUGGUUAUGGCCAGUACCCAGACAGAAUUUGUAUGGCAACAAUCAGGCACUUCCUGUUGAUGAUAGAGUCAUUGUAAAUUGACCACAUAAAGAUGUCCAGUAAAUGGUCAUCUGAUGGUCAGCCUGAAGUCACAAGGUCAUUAAUCACAUGUGUUUAUGUAGACUUCACUCAUCACAAUGUCAGGUAAACAAAUCGUACAAUGAUGGAGGGAAGUGAAAGUCCAGCCACCAAUCUCCAUAGAGACCAUGGUGAUGGAGACUUAGGUCCACUUAGACCAGCUGACAGUCCUUCCAAUCCAAUGGACAAAACACCAGCUAGGUUUUACUGUCAUGAAGGGCCUAGAGCGUUACCCAGCCCUAUAAGUCUUCAAAAUGAUACCAAGGGCCAGGAGGCAGAAAGUGCCCUUGGCCUAAACUCUCCUGUGAAAUUAUGUAAUUAUAAGGAGCUAUCUCGAGCAGGGGCCCACAGUCCUUUGGCCCCAGACCAGGAAUGCUACCUGGACGAAGACUCUGUGACCCCUAUUGCCAGUGAAGAUUGUACACCUGUGAUUGAUCAGUCAAGAUUUCUGAUUGACAGUCCGACUGGUGUGGUCACAUUGAACAGUCCUUCAAUUGGACUGGUCACUUUAGACUUGGACUCCUGCGAUGAAGACGAAGACAGCAGUAAGCUAGAGGCAUGUUGUGACGAAUAUGAUGACCUAUACUCAUUAGACAAGUACUAUACUCCGGACCCAUCUUCCACAGAUUUGUCCGUCUCCUCCGCAUCCGCUGACUCCCUCGGACUGGACGAAACGGCCAGUAAGGAGUCGGGUGGUCCACACCUUGACAGCCAAAGUGAAGGGAAGCAAAGCACAGAUGAUUCUUUCUGCGACUGUGUGUCCACGCUAAGGAGAGAUAACUCCUCUCAAGGGAGCUCCUUGACCACUAGUCUGGAAUCAGAGGAUAACAUUUAUAUGGAACCUCCUACACACCCUCUGGAACUGGCCCCAAAAGAUCUCAGUGAUGGAAAUAGUGUCACCUCAUUCUCUGAAGGAUUAAAAGGAUUUACGGAAAGUUUGUCCGAAUGUCCAAUGUUUUGUGUUCCCAUUGUUACUGGAAAAUAUAAAUCUUUCAGUACUAGUGCGAUACAUACCUCCGCAAGUGAAAUUGGUGCAUCAGAAAUUAAAUUCUCAGAUCGUGGAAUUGAUAACUUGGAUUUAAAAUCUACAGCAUGUGAAAUGAGUACUUCGGAAUUAAAAUCCUUAGACCGGGGAAGGUGUAAAAGUUGUGAUGUACUUCGUGCCGGUGAUAAGUGUGGUAAUACUAAGACACGACCCCCAUCACUAAAUCUGGGUGGAGUGCCACAUGCGGUUCCCCCAGGAUCUGGGAUGCGGGGCGGUGGUACAAGUGAUGGAACCAGCGAUGGAACCAGCAGUCCGCGUAGUCCAGGAUUUUGUCAACACCGGUCAUUAGAUAUUCCCCAGACCAUACUGGACGUCAACUAUGACCUACUCAAAUCUGGCAUUGCUAUCUUACCAGGGUCACGUGACAUUGAUGGCAGUGCCAUUGUGUUCAUCUUCACCAGGAGUUCCUUAUGGCAGCUACAGAAAGUAUCCAGUGUGGAGCUAGCCCGUACCUUACUGUAUUACCGCUCAGUACCAAGGGAGGAUGUUCAGAAGAAGGGUCUUAAGAUAGUGGCUGACAUUCAGGGAGCGUCCAGUUCUACAGUCAACACGCUGCUGGAGACAAUGUAUCUAUUACAGGGUAACUGUCCAGGAGCCUUGUCAGCUGUCUAUAUGCUAGCCAAUGAAAUAUCAGAACCACUGGUGAAGAAAUCUCCCGUGUAUGACCCAUUGGCCACAUUCAGGUUGGAAGUCCUGGUAUCUAUGAAGGCCUUACACACGUACAUGUUACCAGACAGUAUCCCUGUAGCACUGGAUGGCCACUUCACCUAUAGCCACGACGACUGGAUACGAUUCCAAAUGAAACUGGAUCCUUUUGUGUCAAAGCUACAGGCUGCAGCCAAAUAUUUGGUGUGUAUCAUGCAGGACCUGACAGAUGCUGGAGGUGUUCCCAGGACAACGAAGCAAGCCAAUGAGCUGAUAGAACACCAUGAACAACUCAUCAAGUCUGUGUUUGACGAUCACCGUCUCAUGUCGGUUCAAACUGAUGGAGAAGGAGUAAUCAACUGUCUUCAGAGAGAGGCUGUCUAUUUGUCUCACUCCCAGGACUAUAGGGACAGCAUGAUGAGCAUGAACAAAUUGUAUGACAACCUUCAGACAACGAUCGUCCGCCUUGUCCGUCUGUCUGACAGUCGUCUCUGUAAGCUAGAACAAUGCCUACAGCUGAGGGAGUUCGAGGAAGAGUGUACCAAGGUGCUUUCCUGGGUGUCGGGCAAUGGAGAAGAAUUCUUCCAGCGCUAUGUUCACCUCGCUGACAAUCUAAAAGCAAUCCGGGCUCAGCAAAAGGAAUUUGAGAAGUUCUAUUACUCAGCUAUGACCCACAUUGAGAAGGGAAAUGACCUCCUGGAUGAGGCCAGCAUGCUGGCACAGUCAGGUAACUUUGAUGAGGUGACUGGAUACAAGGAGCUGGCGCGCACCCUGAAGAAACACCUUCAGCUGUUCACAGGCAGACUGGAGGAAACUCGUGAACGAAUUGAGUCUACUGCCAGUUGUUACCAUCUCCUUGACAAGACGUAUGAAUGGGCUCUAGACGCUAUGAAGUACGUGGCGAGUAUGAAGAUGGAACACUGUAGUACAGUGGAGGGACUGGACAAGUUAUUACGAAGCCUUCAAGUCUACCUCCGUGACCAUCCCAUGAUGAAGGAGGAGACAUUUGUCAGUAUGAUGGACUUAGCAAAGAAACUCCGUAACGAAAAGUUGAUGGAACAAUGUCGUGUGGCAAGGGCACGUUGUGAGGAAACGCACAAUCUCCUGAUGGCCCGGCAGACAACCCUGCGUGAGGCCAAAGACAGAAUGGUGCUGGAGACCAAGACCUCUCCGUCCAAAACUGACCAGCAACAGCGUGGUCAGUUUGGUGUAAUUAGUUCACCGGAGUUAAGGCAUCCAAGUGUAAACAAUGACAAUGCCAUAUGGCAACCUUGUUCCGCCAGUACUCCGUCGUCAGGCUCGGACCAUACUCCAUCCUUCUGUAGUAGUGGGACGAGUCCGAUACUGCCACCAGCAAACUUGACUCCUCAGGAUAUGGUGUUCCUCGGGGAGGGGGACUCCUCUUUUAUUACAGAGGACAUGUCGGACAGAGUGGUGGCGUCUAUACCAAAGAUAUUAAAUAACUCAACCAUGCGGUCAUCACGGGAGGACCUGACAAGUCCUAGUGAAACUUCAUCUCAAGGAAGUACCCGCAGUGUACCCACACCUCAGCAUUCACAAGGCGGGGAACAGGGGCCAGGUAGUGCGCUAACCUCGCACUGUCGACCCCUGAAGAAAGUGUUACGAAGAACCUCCACGGCACCUCCUUUUACAGGUGGAGCAAUCAUUGAGGAGGAGGACACACAGACUCGACCAGGUAGACAGGACAACGGGCGGACGGUCAGUAUGAUAACCAGUAGUACAGACAGUCUGUCCAGUAUGCCUGAGGAAGAGGAGCCGGAGAACGGUGGAGUCUCUGUCUCUUCCUCAAAAAGCUUUACCCCAGUUCCGGUCAACUCUCACCUCCUCUCACAAAACGGGAGUAUUCCUACUGGAUCACUGGCCGAUCUGAAACUGUCGGGAACCGAGAAAAUAAAACGGACUCUGGCUCACGUAAUGCGGGAGAUGGUACAAACUGAGCGUGAUUACGUCUGCUCACUCCAGUUCAUCAUCGAUCAAUAUGUCCCGGAGUUGGAACGAGAUGAUGUUCCACAGGCCCUGAGAGGCAAGAGAAAUGUGAUAUUUGGGAACCUAGAAAAGAUCUACCAUUUCCAUCGCCAGAUGUUUUUACGGGAAGUUGAACUUUGUGAGAAAAACCCAUUCCAGAUAGCACAGUAUUUCCUCAUGCAUGCCAGUCAGUUCUACCUGUAUGCUAUCUAUAACAAGAACAAACCGAAGUCAGACAGCCUAAUGGCAGAAUAUGGGAAAUAUUUCUUCAGGGAAAAACAGUUACAGUUGGGAGACAAGAUGGAUUUAUCAUCCUACCUUCUCAAGCCGGUACAGAGGAUGGGCAAGUAUGCUCUCCUCAUCAAACAGAUCAUGAAGGGGUGUCCCCACACAGACCAGGAGUACCAGGACCUUAAGGCUGCAGAGGAGAUGGUGAAGUUUCAACUCCGACAUGGUAAUGACCUAUUGGCAAUGGAUUCACUGCGGGACUGUGACGUCAACCUACAAGAGCAGGGACGUCUUUUAAGACAGGAAGAAUUCCUUGUGUGGCAGGGACGACGGAAGUCCAUGCGGCAUGUGUUUCUGUUUGAGGACUUAAUCCUGUUCAGUAAAACACAGCGAGGGCGGAAUGGGAGUCCUGACACCUACCACUACAAGUUCAGCUUCAAGAUGGCGGAUGUUGGAUUGACGGAGGCUUACGAAGGCAGUGGGUAUAAGUUUGAGAUUUGGUUCCGAAGACGUUCCCUUGGGGAGAACUACAUCUUACAGGCUCCUAGCUCUGAUGUCCGUCAUCAGUGGACUAAAGAAAUCUCCCGUGUACUGUGGAAUCAGGCACUAAAAAAUAGAGAAAAUCACAUGACAGAGAUGUUAUCAAUGGGAGUGGGAAACAAACCGUGUAUGGAUAUCAAACCCAGCGCUAACAACAUCCAGGACAGACUGCUGAACUACGCUGUGGGCAACAGGGGAGCUCGUACGAGAAACUCAGUGGCUGUUACAUCAUUCGAACACCUCCGCCAGGGAAACAAGCGUCCUCAUUCCAUCAUCUCAGUCAGCAGUACUUCAUCCUCCAGUAGUAGUCACUCUGGUAUGUUCAGCAUCCUCGGCCCAAACUUUGACAUGACUGACAGUCCCCGUAGCCGGCAGUCGAUUGCCUGUAUGUCAAACGAAAGUGGAAUAGGAACAGACUUGUCCGGGUCAGAAAAUGACCGUCAGGGUAGUUUGGACAUCUCAAGACGAGGGUCCAACAGUAGACAUUACCAUCCACAAUCCAAACUGAUUCUGUCCAACGCCAAUAGCAACGAACCUGUCAGUACAGAUGUAUGACACAAGGUACAGGACUAAUUACAUACUACCUGGUAGUCUUUCAACAUGAGCUGGAUCAAAGUCAGCCCUUCACCACAGAGAGGACACCCCUCACCAGUCUGGACUGAGGUCAGGGUUCAUCGACAUUGGGGAUCAAUUGGACCUGACUACAUAUCAACUGGAGUCAGAUUUCAGGACAUGAAAAGAACCCUGUGAACAGUGCUUUGAGGCCAAAAGGCCAUUGCUCAACAAUCCUACAACUGGAUCAUAACUUCCAUGUUGCAAUCAUCUGAGGACAAUACACAUUUUCAGGCCACAUUGCCAAAGCACAUAUACAGAUCAGAGGGCAAUAUAAAUCAUAAAAUGUGUCUGUCUCGGGCCAAUACACAUGUAGUGGUCUAAGGCCAAUAUGUACUAGUAGGCAUGGAAGGGGAGACAAAUCCCAUGCUGAGAGAUUCAACUAACAAAUAGAUCUGAUGGUAUAUUUAUUGACUGUUGUUGUUGAUCAGUGUAUGAGUCACACAGGUGGAAUGAGUUGAGGUGUGGGACCAAUUGUUUUUAACCAAACACAACAGAAAAAUACUCCAUUGUUAAUUCAGUAGAUAAUUGUGAUUUCUUUACUUAUUUUUUCGAUGUUGUCAAUAUGUAGUGACUAUGAACAGUUACUGGAUUAUCUCCCUUCUUAAGAAGAAUCUCGCUGUGCGGUGUUAGACCUACUGCUUUAUAGAGCAGCGUCUGUGAACAAAAAAAUAUUGUUUUAAAAGUAUGUAGGCAUUGGCACCAAAGAAUCAAGAAAGAAAAAAAGAAAGAAAAAGGGGGAAUAAAAAAGCCCCAAAACCCAGUUAUUAUGAUAAUUAGAUAAGUCAUUUCUAACUUAAUUAAUUACAAUUGCAUGCUUUAUUCUGAAGUAUAAAAUUGAAAAUUAAAAUUAAAUUUUAAGCAGAUUUUUUUUAGAAUUAAAAAAAAAAUGUACCAGAGUGAGAUAAUCCAGUAGCAAUUCUAAACACUGUUCCAUGUUGGUGUUCAUGAAUCAUACAGAUCUGUAUGUGACUUUCGAUAAGUUAAGAUUCACAAAAAUAGCUACUGAUUUAUUGUGUUAGAAUUUAACACAACAACAUUUGGAGUGAUAUGACCACCUACCUUCCUAUUCCUUCAGGAUAGAACAUGCAGAAGGAAUGGUCAAUAGGUAGAACCAGUCAUACUUGUUAAUACAGAAUUGUCUAUAGGUAGAGCGGUCAUACUUGGUAAUACAGAAUUGUCUGUAGGUAGAGUCGGUCAUACUUGGUAAUACAGAAUUGUCUGUAGGUAGAACCGGUCAUACUUGGUAAUACAGAAUUGUCAAUAGGUAGAACCGGUCAUACUUGGUAAUACAGAAUUGUCUGUAGGUAGAACCAGUCAUACUUGGUAAUAUAGAAUUGUCAAUAGGUAGAACCGGUCAUACUUGGUAAUAUAGAAUUGUCUGUAGGUAGAGUCGGUCAAACUUGGUAAUACAGAAUUGUCUAUAUGUAGAGCGGUCAUACUUGGUAAUAUAGAAUUGUCUAUAGGUAAAACGGUCAUACUUGGUAAUACAGAAUUAUCUAUAGAUAGAACCAGUCGUACUUGGUAAUACAGAAUUGUCUGUAGGUAGAACCAGUCAUACUUGGUAAUAUAGAAUUGUCUAUAGGUAGAAAUGGUCAUACUUGGUUAUACAGAAUUGUCUAUAGGUAGAAAUGGUCAUAUUUGGUUAUACAGAAUUGUCUGUAGGUAGAGCGGUCAUACUUGGUAAUACAGAAUUAUCUAUAGGUAGAGUCGGUCAUACUUGGUAAUACAGAAUUAUCUAUAGGUAGAACCGGUCAUACUUGGUAAUACAGAAUUGUCUAUAGGUAGAGUCGGUCAUACUUGGUAAUACAGAAUUGUCUAUAGGUAGAGUGGUCAUACUUGGUAAUACAGAAUUAUCUAUAGGUAGAACCGGUCAUACUUGGUAAUACAGAAUUAUCUAUAGGUAGAGCGGUCAUACUUGGUUUAUAAUUAUCUAUAGGUAGAGUCGGUCAUACUUGGUAAUACAGAAUUGUCUGUAGGUAGAGUCAGUCAUACUUGGUAAUACAGAAUUGUCUAUAGGUAGAACCGGUCAUACUUGGUAAUACAGAAUUGUCUAUAGGUAGAACGGUCAUACUUGGUAAUACAGAAUUAUCUAUAGGUAGAACCGGUCAUACUUGGUAAUACAGAAUUGUCUAUAGGUAGAACGGUCAUACUUGGUAAUACAGAAUUGUCUAUAGGUAGAACGGUCAUACUUGGUAACACAAUCAAGAGUAUUAUGUAUUUUCAAAUUGUUACUGAUGGAACAACAACAAAUUCAAAACAGUGUAGUCCUGAUGUAUUUGUACAUUAAUUUAUUUUUGUGUUGUAUGUUUAAUAUUUAUUUUCUAGAUAACUUCACACCCUGUAUGGCAAUAGAUAUUAAUUAUCAGUCGUUCAUGGUGUGGUUCUGAUCAUUCCUCAUUAUACAACUACAUACAUGACCAGAUAUACCAAAGAUUUCUGUUACAGUUCACAAUGUUUAUAUAUCAAACCCCUAAACCACAAGGCCACAAAGUAGACUAGGUAAAAAGUGUUCACUGCCAUGUAAGCUCAUCUCCCGUCUGUCUGUUUGUCUGUUUGCUGGGUUUAUUAUUCCGUGAACAGAUACGGUCAUUCUGAGGAGGGGUUUCGUACAAAUCUGUUAUCAAGUACAAACUUAUAAACUGUUAUUGUAUUCCGCCUAAAUCCUGUAGUAAACACCCCAUUUACAGCUACUUUUGAAAGUGGGGACAGCUUCAUUUAAUAUCGAAUUAAUUAAAAAAAAAGUAGAUAAAAACUGGAGACUAGUAUAUUGAUCUAUUAUAGUAGACAUUUGUUAACCUAUCAUCAGAAUCAGGAAGUCUGAAUUUCAUUGGUCAAUAACUUAGUAUUAAGUACGACACAGCACAGGAUAAUUAAACAAUAUACUUUGGACUUCAGUAUGUUACACUUUAUGACGCGGCCAGGUUGACUGGUGGUAUCAGAGGAGUAUAGAAUUUACAAUUUAAAAAUAUUUGUACAAAGUGAUAAAUUAUUAUAGUUCACUUUCCUUGUCUCGGUGUGUACACAUAAAAAUAUGUGUCAAAAUAAUUGUGAAGUAUUGUUGAUUUUCUUUCUGUUUUGUCACACACUACAUGUAAGAUAACUAUUAUCGUAUUAGCUGUUUUUACAGUGUACGUUUCUGUCUUCCUUAUCACAAAUCAUGUCAAAUCAGGAGAGGUACCCAGCUUCCAUCUUAGUGCCAACACCAUUGUUUUUAUGUUGAUAUUACAGAAAUAUUGUGUUUAUCAAAUCAAAGUUUAUAUGUAAGUUUAUCUUUGGCGAUAUCUUCUUGUUACACAUUCAUGGUAAAAUUUUAUGUCUGAGUGUAAAAAUUUGACUCUGGCUUCUGUCUGCUGCUGUUGAUUGGCUGGUUAAUUGAAUUCUAUAUACGGAUAACUUUAUUCAUGAGAACCCUUUGUGGUGCGGAGUCUGGAGCCUUAAUUCUGUAGCCUCAAGAUAAUUCAGUGACCUGGUUUAAGAGUGAUUGAAGACUGUUGAUGAUAUGUAUAGUUUUUGUGUAGUAAUUGGAUUCUACAGACUACAAUAGUUAUUGACAGUUAUAUACAGUAACUAAACAACCACUUGAUAUUACAGAGAUAUGCAAAUAGCUACUGAUGUUUAGUUUGAAUUAAAAUUGAUAUUUAAGAGAAAUGAUCAUUUUCCAAACAAUUUUCCCUUCUCAGGAAUGUUUGUGGUGAAGUUUUAAGCUGAAAAUUUAUGAAGCUGCUCAAAGCACUUAGUAUAUUCAGGAUAUUGCUUAAAGGACUAGAAUUGAUGAUGGAUGUCAGGAUUACGUAAGCUGACUAGAAUUUAUUUACUAAUGUACAUUUAACUGCAUGCCUGUGUACAAGGGCCAUUUCUGUGGGGAGACCAAUGUUUGCUGUAAACAUACAGGAUUGUCCGUUCCUUCCCCAGCCGAUGUUUGCUGUAAACAUACAGGAUUAUCCGUUCCUUCCCCUGCCGAUGUUUGCUGUAAACAUACGGGAUUGUCUGUUCCUUCAUUAUUUGUUGAAAAUGUGCAAUAAUACUGGUCACUAGAUCUGUACUCAUCAACUUCUCUCGUUACCAUGGUCACACUGUCCUCAUCUCACUAUCAGUCUGUCAGUAUCACCAUGGUAAUCAAUGUGUUACUGAUGUGAUCACCAUGGUUACACCUAUAGUUGCCAUGGUAACAUUAUCACAUCUCAGUGUGUCAUUAAUGUGUUACACCAUGAUCACCAUGGUAACAGUGUGUCUGUUGUCAUGGUAUGUAUUAUUACUGUUGGUGUAGUACUGUUUGUCUCCAUGGUAAAUUGUGUGUGUUGCUAUGGCAAUACUUACAUGAUAUGUUGUACCUAUUGUGGUUGGUGAUUGAUCUUUUAUUCAUAAUGAAUUAUAUAUCUGUAAGGUCUCUAUCUAAUCCUGGAGACUGAUUAUACACAGACCUCUGUAUGUGGUAGGGUGCCGAUGUUACAGUGAUCACGUGGUUGAUUUAGGGAGUCAAUCUCCAGGACGCUUCCACAUAUUUGUGUUAUCAUGGAAACCAUACUAAUUUGAAUAGUUUGGUGCUUUUUUGGUUUCCAGGGAACUUCAGCAUUAGGAAACAAAACAUGAAUGUUCAUUGAUGAGGCCCUGUCCAACAACAUUUGUGUAAUAUGUGAUAUUUUGAUAAAAUUUGUACAUAAAAGUCACUUUCUCUUAGUGCUAGCUCCUUGUUGAAGCAUACAUUGAUAUAAGAAAAAUGUAAAUUAAUUUUCUGUAAUAAAGAAGUUGAAAGUAUU